ACUCGUUCUGUGCCCUACAUAAGCCUUUAGUCGUUGGGCGAUAGUUUUUGUUCAUGCAAGUACAUUUAACCUGGAAAGGCUGCAUUGGGAUUUUGUGCCAUUGACUGCACGUUAAUUUUAAGGUUGAAUUUUCCACAAACUCAAUGAUGUGACAUGAAUCACUCUACUGAAGUUCUGUUUUCUUUUACCCCAUGGUCUAUUGGGGACAGAGCUGGACUCUACCGAAGCUUAUUUAUGCUACUUAAUUCAACCUAGCCAUCAGAAACGCUGCUUUGGAGGAUGAUGCAUUGUCAUAGAAGGAAACGGCUCCAGCUGAGCCGGGUUCUGUUUCUUCUCUCCGGAGUUUUUCUCUGUACCCUCUACCAGCUCACCAUUAGUGCCAGGCUGCAGGCACCAAUGUCAGUGGCUCAGAUUGGAGAGGAUUUCGGAGAAGGGUCAACAGAGGGCGUUGAGGAUGCCACAGCAGAACCUGGCCAGCUAGAGGAACCUCUCACUACUGCGCCCGACUCAGAGCCCACAGAUCAAACAACACCAAUGCAUGUGAUUCCUCAUACUGAUAAGGAUUUAAAUACAAACACACACACGGAUAUAACUAGUGAUUUCAAAGAAGCCUCUUCCACUGAAUCCACACUGUUGCCAACCACAAACCGGACCUUGGUGCAUUGCAUCUACGUGGCCCCAGAACCACCUCUGGUGACACCCACCCCAAUUCCAGCUCCACCAGUUACAACCGUCUCCCCAGCUCCACCUGGUGAAGCUCCUCAUGUCAAAGGCGAUUACCCUGAAGAUAUCUUUUCCAUCGAAGAUCGCAGACAAGGAUGGGUGCUGCUUCACAUUGUGGGAAUGAUGUACAUGUUUGUCUCUCUCGCGAUUGUCUGCGACGAGUUCUUCGUGCCCGCACUGGGAGUUAUCACAGACAAACUGGCCAUCUCUGAUGAUGUAGCAGGCGCCACCUUUAUGGCGGCCGGAGGCUCUGCACCUGAGCUCUUCACCUCUCUUAUAGGAGUCUUCAUCGCCCACAGCAACGUGGGCAUUGGCACAAUAGUCGGCUCAGCAGUUUUUAACAUUUUGUUCGUGAUUGGGAUGUGUGCUUUAUUUUCUCGAGAGAUUCUCCAUCUAACCUGGUGGCCGCUUUUCAGAGAUGUUUCAUUCUACAUACUUGACCUCAUCUUACUGAUCAUCUUCUUCUUGGACAAUGUCAUAAUGUGGUGGGAGAGCAUGAUGCUGGUGGCCUGUUACAGUCUCUAUGUUGUCUUUAUGAAGUUCAAUGUGCAACUGGAGCGAGAAUUCAAGACCCAGCUCCACAAACACAAGAGCAUUGUGAAGGUUAUUGCUGUGGAAGAACCUGAAAAGACAAAUGGGGAAGGAGAAGAUAAUGCCCCUCCUGCUCCAGAGGACAAGAAUCGGUUAAAGUUGAAGCCAUCCCUUCAGCGAGGGGGAAGUUCUGCUUCUUUACACAACAGCACCAUGAGAAACACCAUCUUUCAGCUCAUGAUUCACACAUUAGACCCUCUGGGAGAUGGAAAGUUUAAGGAUAAGGCUGAGACCUUGAACAGUGUGGCCAGACGGAAGUCGGUGUCCAAGUCCCAAGAGAAAAGUGAAGGCAAAAGUGGAAAAACUGAGGAGUCCAAAGAGCCAGAGGCUGCCCCAGCCAAAGAGGCAGAAAAGAAGGAGGAGCCAGAAGCAAAGAAGGACGACGUUCCGGCAGAACAAGGUGACUCGGAAGGUUCCGACGAUUCCGACAGCGACGAAGACGACAGCGAUGAAGAGAUUGAGGAGUCCAGUGAAGAUGAGGAUGAAGAUGAUGAUGAAGAUGAAGAUGAGGAGGAGGAGGAAAAAGAAGAUGACCCACUGUCUUUACAGUGGCCUGACACACCACGCAAACAAGUCACCUACCUCUUCCUGCUGCCCAUAGUCUUCCCUCUGUGGCUCACAGUUCCUGAUGUUCGGAACCAGAAAUCCAGGAAAUUUUUUGUGCUCACCUUCCUGGGCUCCAUUAUGUGGAUUGCUAUCUUCUCCUACCUCAUGGUAUGGUGGGCUCAUCAGGUGGGAGAGACCAUCGGUAUCUCAGAGGAAAUUAUGGGCCUGACUAUCCUGGCGGCAGGAACCUCCAUUCCUGACCUCAUCACCAGCGUGAUUGUGGCUCGCAAGGGCCUGGGAGACAUGGCGGUGUCCAGCUCUGUGGGCAGUAACAUCUUUGACAUCACAAUGGGCCUGCCCAUUCCGUGGCUCCUGUACUCUUUCAUCCACGGUUUGGCUCCAGUCGCUGUCAGCAGCAACGGCCUUUUCUGUGCCAUCGUGCUGCUCUUCCUCAUGCUCCUCUUCGUCAUCAUCUCCAUCGCAGUCUGUAAAUGGAAAAUGAACAAGGUGCUGGGCUUCACUAUGUUUCUCCUCUACUUUAUCUUCCUGGUGCUCAGCGUCAUGCUGGAGGAUCGCGUCAUCAUCUGCCCUGUUUCCAUCUGAGACUGCAAACACAAGCCUUUUUUCCACAGUAGACACUUUCCCAUGGAGGAGGAACUUAAUAUCGCUUAAAAAAAACAUAAUUCUCAUGAAAACCUUUUUUUUGGACCAUUUGAAACAGUAAUUGCAAGUAAAUUUUAUAUACUUUUAACACCAAUAGUAGCACCGCACCGUUUUUUAGUUGUAAAAGUAUCUAUGCAACUGUGUUCAGAGUGAAAUAUAUCUGUUUACUGAAGUUUUUAUAAUUUCUUCCAUGUCCAUAGUUUUUGACUUGGGCUUGGAGUGUGUUUAAAAGUACAAAACCUGUAAUUUCAUCUCAAGGUUCUCAAGGUUCAAACAGAACUUUCCUUUCCUUCAAGUUUAAUCAACUUAAACUUGAAGGAAAGUUUAAGUUGAUUAAACUUAAACUUAAACCUAACCCUAACCCCUAAACUUUCUUCACAGGCAUAUUUUACUCAUUUUACUCAAAAUGAAUUUGUAUUUUCUUUGAGGACUUUAAAAUCCAUUAGAUGUUAGCCAUCUUUGACCUUGCUUUUCUAAAUUGCAUAGAGAGCUCUUUAGAUGUCAACAUUGCAAAGGCACAGAAACAUCCGGGAUUUAUAAAUGGCCCACAGUCUGGAGCCCACGUUUUAACAUGUAUGAAUUAUGUGGUGUAAUAAACAAAUGGUUGUAUUUACAUUGCAAGUUAAUAAUCUGCUUUUUAAUAAAGUUGUUACAGUUA